AUGGCCAAAUCAAAGAACCACACGAAUCAUAACCAGAACAGGAAAGCUCACCGUAACGGUAUCAAGAAGCCGAAGAAGCAAAGAUUCAUGUCGAUGAAGGGUGUUGACCCUAAAUUCCUCAAGAAUUUACGUUUCGCUAAGAAGCACAACAAACGACAUGUUAAGAUGGAAUCUACUGCCUAA